UCUCUCUUCAUAAAUCACAGGCUAUCAGCAUUUUUUCUCCAUAGAAGACCAGAAGAGCCGUAGCUCCACUCUCUGUCUUGGCUUCUUGUCUCUUUGUUUUUUUGUUUUGGUUCAUGGACGGCAUGGCCUCUCGAAGAUAUCAAGAAGAGGAAGCUGGCUCGAAACAACAUUAUCCCACCGUUCAAAUUAGUCAACAAGAAGCAACAGUAAUGACCCAAGAUAGGUCUCCGACAGAGGAAUUCAGGAUUAAGCUUGCUGCCAUUGCUUUAAGCUUAAAUGUAAGGUUAAGAUCUUCCGACAUGCCAGUCGACAUGCAAGAACGAGCCCUUCGCUAUGCAAGAUCGUUUCUCGACAAGUCACCAUCAUCAGCAGCUCCCAAACCCCGCCCCAAUCUUACCCUCCUUGCUCGUGCCCUCAAAAAGGAAUUUGACUCGGCAUACGGGGUGGCAUGGCACUGCGUGGUAGGGAAGAGUUUUGGGUCCUUCGUGACUCACUCACAAGGUGGGUUCAUUUACUUCUCAAUCGACUCGCUGUUUAUUCUUCUCUUCAAAACAGAGGUGCAACUGGUCACCGAAUUGGAACCUUCUUCUCAAUCAGUAGACUCGCUCUGAAGGUUUCGCAAAGGAUAACUGAUUAAGUUUAGUCCCUAACUUUCCUUUUCUUUUUAAUAUCUUAAACUUUGUAGUCUUUAUUUUAUUUUAUUUUAUUUUUAUCAACAAUGUAGUCUUCCUGUCUAUUCUUCAAAAAGCACGGUCAUCGUGUCAACUUUGUGCAUGGUCAAGUGAUCAUAUUUCCUUUCA